AUGGGAUAUUGUGUUGGUUUUGGUAACGAUGAAUUUACACAAAAAAUUUAUAAUGCUCCAAUCCAGCAAGGUCAGUACUAUUGUAGUGUUGGUGCCGAAAAUGCUUAUAGUAGACAUUUCAUUGAUAAAGCGUUAAAUAAUACGUUGAAUGCCGGUCUUACUACACACGUUAGUGGUACUAAUGCCGAAGUCGCUCCAGGUCAAUGGGGGUACCAAUUCGGACCAGUUGAAGGUAUUGACGCUGCAGAUCAAUUGUGGUUAUCAAGAUUCAUUCUUGAAAGAACAGCCGAAAAUUAUAAUAUUAAAAACAGAAGACCCGUGUCAAAUGCGGAUCCGUAUCUUGUCACUUCAGCAAUAUUUGAAACAACAUGUCUUGGCGAGAGUGAGAGUGAGAGUGAGAGUAAGAGUGAGAGUGGGAGCAAGAGUGAGAAUGAGAGUAAGAGUAAGAGUGAGAGUGGGAGUAAGAGUGAGAGUGGGAGUAAGAGUGGUAUGGAGAACUAA